AUGCUUUCGACUUAUUUUGAUGAAGCAAGGAAAAUACUUUUAGGUUUACUCAGUUGGGAAAACAGAACUAUGAGCGAAUCAUUUGAGAGCAGAUUUGUUUUACAUGAAGGAACACUUUCGGAGAGAACUAAGAAUAUGGAUGAGCUUCUUGAGACGCUUCUAGCUGUUAUUAAGACUUAUUUGCAUUCUCUUACAAAAAAUGAAUAUCCGAGUGGGUGGAAUCUAGAAAGUACUCAAAAAAUCGCAGAGCUUGAAGUACUACGACGCUAUGGGAACGAAGCAGCAAAAAAUCUAGCUUCAUUUAUUUUAAGUGAUGAAUAA